AUGCUCCAGACUCGCUUGGCCCUUACGGGCCUUCGUCUUCCGUUUCGAACCUUGUCUACGGCCGUUUCGUCGCGGGCCUAUUCGACUGUCGUUCGCGAGCAAGAGAAUCCGUCCGCUGACGAGCCUGCAAGUUCGACCUUCGACCCCAGUAUCGCCUUCGCCCCUCCACCCACUCGUGAUGACGCCGGUAUCCUUCUACGCUCCUACACUCCACGAACUCCCGGUAUCAGACAUUUGCGCAGACCGAUCAAUGACCACCUGUGGAAAGGACGCCCGGUGCAGAAGUUGACCUUCCCCAAACGAGGUCAAGCCAAGGGUGGUCGUAACAACUCCGGUAGAGUGACUGUCCGCCAUCGCGGUGGUGGCCACAAGCGUCGUAUACGAAUGGUUGAUUUUGCGCGUGACGCUCCCGGUCCGCACGUGGUGGAACGUAUCGAACAUGACCCUGGUCGGAGUGCUCACAUUGCUCUCGUCCGUAGCCAGGAGACCAAGAAACUCAGUUACAUCCUGGCUGCGGAGGGCAUGCGGGCUGGUGACGUUGUCCACAGUUACAUGUCUGGUAUCCCGGAGGAACUCUGGAAGAGCAUGGGAGGUACUGUAGACCCUGGUGUCCUCGCUGCCAGAACCGCGUGGAGAGGAAACUGCCUGCCGCUGCACAUGAUGCCUGUUGGUACUCUGGUCUUCAACGUUGGCCUACGCCCUGGUCAGGGAGGCCAGCUCUGCCGUAGUGCCGGUACUUUUGCGACAGUUAUCGCCAAGGGUAUCGAUAUUAAGGCGAAGCGUGAUCAUUCGGACGGCCAAGAAGGCGAGGCCGGGGCCGUUGAGCAAAAGCCUCUCACGCAACGCGAGAGGCAAAGAAAGGAGCGCAUUUCUCAACACGUCACCAUCCGUCUUCAGAGUGGUGAAGUUCGUCUCAUUCAUAAGGACUGCUGCGCGACUGUUGGCGUCGCUAGCAACCCUAACCACCAGUACCGCCAGCUUGGUAAGGCUGGUCGCUCCCGUUGGCUCAACAUUCGGCCUACUGUUCGUGGUCUCGCCAUGAACGCCGCCGAACAUCCCCACGGUGGUGGUCGAGGCAAAUCGAAGGGUAAUGUUGACCCGAAGAGUCCUUGGGGUAUGCCGGCGAAAUCCGGUUACAAGACCCGUCCCAAGUGGAAGAUCAACAAGGCUGUGGUUCAUCCCAGAGAGCGCAACCAGGGCAAGCGUCGUCGUGGAUACCACUAA